GCUUUCUCGCUCUCACGUGUUGUUUUUAACAAAUUGGAGGGAACAUUAAUACGGAAUUAUAUUACAAAAAAAGCAAACAAUGAAUGCGCCACCAUUAAAUCGAAUUCCCGGUACGUCGCAGACAAAGGAAAAAUAUGUCAAAGAUCUCAAAACUCUUAGAUACCAUGAGCUACUAGAAAUGAGGGAUAGGCAAACAAAUAUUUUGUCAUCCAAGAAACGAUUAGAGAGCUUACCAGAUAAAGGAAAGCGAAUACGGGACUCCCACGAAAAGUUACUUGCUGAGAUUCAACGUCGAAACGAUGUCGAGGCAACUGCUAACCUACUCGGCGAGCUGAACAUUGCGUCAAAAGGAAAAAUAACACUAAAUAAUCUAGAAUGGCAUGGCAGAACCUCUCCUGGAAAAUCAGACGUUACUGACCUGCUUGAUAGCGACGACGAGCAAGAGAUGGAUCCGUUACGAAUUAUUGCCCAAGGUACAAUGCAUCAGCGCCAAGUAAAAGUCCUGCCACCGCCUGCCACCCUUAUCACUCCUGAAGAUAUAGCUGACAUAGCAUCAUUUAGACAAGAGCAACCGUCUCAUUCAUUGGAUUCGAGCCAGACUAAUGACAGCGCGUCUAGUAGUUGCAGUGGGCAAGAUGACAGCAAAACAAUUCCAGCAGAAAUAAUAGAAAUUGAUGUUUGCAAAUUGGUCGGAAAUCGUCCUACUGAAGCCACUUUGGAACAACACGCAUUGUAUCUCAUUGAUAAGACUGAACAGCACGCUGUAAAGGACCGUGAAAAGUUCCUGCCUUUUCGCACUACAGUAUCGAACGUUCAUGAUCCGGAUAAGGAACGUAGUCGUAAGAAAGGCAAACACUGGGAGAUUACCGCUGCUACACCUCCACUCAUACAGCACAGGGAGGCCCAAUUAGUGCCGUUGGCUGAAUCCGCCAGUCUGCAGAUCGAUUAUAUGCAGAAAAUCAAGAAUCUACGCAUACAACAGGCUGAAGAGCGUCUGGCUAGGCAAGUGCCUCUGAAGGGCAUACGUUUACCCGAUGAUGCAGUGCUGAAGACCAAAGCGUCAUUUAAUAGCUAUCGUGAUCCACAGGCUCAUUAUCUUAUAGAAGGCAGACAACAGGCUAAAGAAGAAAACGAAGUGCUUGAUCCAACAAUAACUGAUAAAGCCACAGGUGGCAUUAGUUACUCAGUUUACAACUGAGGAUAGAUGAUU